AUGCAUAUACCGACUACAGGCAUGGUUGGUGUAGGUGAAACGAGUCGCGCUGAUCAUGUGCAGGACGCAUACCGUACUGCUAUUCGUUUCCCUCGGGCCAGGCGUAUGGAGACAAUCCAGGACUUGCAAACCCCCCCCCCCCCAGCCAAGCCAACACGCCUAUGUCACAACCUUCCAGCCCCUGCAGUCCUACUCCGACAAGGUGCGGCUGGAAAGCGAGUCCCCCCCAAGGCGUGCCAUUUGUACGAGCACGGCUUUAUGAAGCGCCUCCGCCACCCCCGUUCAAUGCACCCGUCUGCGCUCGCGCAGUCGCGUCGGCAACUGGACCGCACAGUCGAUCUCGCCGCCCCCUCGCCCAUCGUCGAGGAAAGUUCUCCUGCGGACGAGGAUGCUGCGGAAGAGGCGGUUGUGGUAGAGGCUCUGAACGUCAUCGAGAUCGUGGCCGCUCUCCUCAAGCUGAAGCAAUUUCGUCCUUUGCUCGCGAUGGAGUGCAUUCGGAUGACAGACUUCGUCAUGCGUAACCUUGACACUGGUUCUAACCAGUGGCAUGAAGCCAACGGCGACGUUAUCCGUGACUACCUGGUGCGCGGUGGCAGAGGAAAGUUUGCGGAAAAGGAGUUUACCCUCGAAGCGAUGCAUGCUGGAUUUGACCUGGCCGAAUAUCGGUGGCUCUUGCUGGCCGGAAGUGUGGAUGCUGCCCUCGUCAAAGAGAUGUUCUGCACGUACAUCCUCAUCCCCCGCGAAUGUGUCGACCUCGAGGUCGUGAAGAAGGUCGAGGACGGCGUCAUCAACUGGCGUGAAGCUCAAAGUGACCCUACGGGCAUGACUGACCCUCCAACACGAGGGGGAGUGUCCCUGCUCGUCCUUCACCAAGCCGAGCUCGGCCCACCCGAGAACUGGCUCAUGAAGGCCUCCUCUGUCAUGCAUGUCGAGACGCCGGUCCCCGCCCUCCAUGCGGUGGAGUUUUCUGCCUCAACGUUUUUGGCUUUACCGUUGACGACAUGGGCGGCUGCAACUUCAAUCUUUUCGACCGACUGGCUUGGGACUGCAUCAUCCCUUCAGGCCGAAUGGUCUUCAUCUUCCGGGUUCUCGAUAAACUCAUCAAGGAAUGCCCCGACACGGUCCUGCCGUCCAUGCUCGACGCCUCGGGAUGGCACGACUUUGUGCAAGCCGUGUUAUGAACGGGCAGUGCCCGUGACGACGACGGCUACCCUUGUGUGGAUCCUGAGGGGUGCCGCCCGCGAGCACCUCUUCAAGAAACUCCAGCCAACCCACCUGGUCGCCUACUGGAAGACGCCAGAGGCACGCAAGAGCCUCCCCGUUCCCACCUCCUUGGAGCGCUUCUACGACCUGGAGUACAUCCACUCCAAGCAUCUGCCAAACUAUGGACCUCGUUUACUCCGGGCUCUGUGCACACGCGUCCGCAAGAUCGCUCCUGCCCUUCGCGAUGAGGAUGCCGCCGCAGAUGCCCUCAAGAAGCAGCAGCAGCAAGAGAAGAAGAAGAAGAAAUGA